AUGAAGAUGCUGAAGAAGAACAAGAAGAAGCAGAUGAGAAGGAAGAUACUGAAGGUUCUGGAGAAGGAAAUGGUGACAGAGAAGGAAAUGGAGACGGAGAAGGAAAGGAUAAUGAGAAUGAAGGGUUUGAAUGAAAAUGUGGCAAUCGAGGCAACCAAACCAACCAGCAUGUUCUUCAAGCCAACCGAGUACAAAAAAAAAAUAAAGCUAGGGACAAGGUGUAUGAUAGCUAGCGCGAUUAAGACGCUAAAAAAUCUGAAACCCAAGCUGUCUAACGCGGAGAUGAGCUGGUUCACAGAGCAUCCUCAAUUCAGACACAUUUUCCACAUGAAGAUAGAGACUAACCACAGGGUUCAGGGAAUGUGGAUGUUGUUGUUGCGUACUGCUGGUAUCGAGAAGCUGAGAGAAGUGUGGUUCAUUGUGAAUGGGAUUCCAAUCCGUUACGGGCUGAGGGAACAUGGUUUGAUAUCUGGGCUAUUCUGCCAGAACUAUCCUCUCGGCUACAAAGAGCUUGGUGGGACGAGGUUCGUUGAUCGUCAUUUCAAGGAAGGAGAACCGAGAAGGUUAGAGGAUGUUAAGAAGAAGCUGGUGAACAUGGGACCCCACAAAGACAGACUGAAGAUGGCGGUUCUAUUCUUCUUAGCUUCAGUUGUUUGUGCGCAAACGAAGGUUGGACACAAGGCUAAUGAUGUAUUGGAGGUGUUCCAGAGAGCAGUGGAUGAUCUUGAGUACUGCAAGUCCUUUCCGUGGGGGAGAUUUUCCUAUGAUUACAUGCUGAAGGAGAUCUCUCACACAAUGAAGCAUUAUGGCCGCUACCAGCUUCUUGCAUUCGAGGCAAUUCCGAAGCUAGGAAUAGCGUUCAGAGAGACUGUGGUUGGAGCUGGUCGCGACUGUCUGAGGAUGUGCAAGUCCUACUUUAAACGAAAUGGAAUGACAGGGGUGUCACUUUCUGUGAUAAACAAGGAACUGGGUAACACAACUAUAAGUCUUCCUGUGAACUGUGGUAGAACUAGGGAUAUUGACAGCAUCAUCCCCACCAAAACUUCACGAGAAGAUAGCCUUUUGGAUGAGAUUAUGGAAGAUGAAGACGAUGUUGAUCAAUCUGAUAUAGCUGUGGACAGUUGGGAGAAGUGUCUGGAUGCAGGGCAGAAAGUUUUUUUUAAAGACAUGUUCGACGAAGAUGUAGCUGGACGUGAAAAACAGCCAGAACCAAUUGAAGAUGCAACAGGGGAUGGAGUACAGGUAGGUGAGCAGUCUAUUCAGCUGGGAGAUGUUAUGAAUGUGCUGAAAAAAACAAUGAAACUGAUGAGGAAAAUUGACAAGAAAGUUGACCAGCUGGAUGGGAGAUUGACCCCGCUUGAGAAGUUUGUCAAGGAAGCACAAGGCAAAGUAGUAGAGGUUGAAGAAGCAGAAUCACAAGGAAAAGGCAAAAGAAAGAAAACCCAGAAGUCUAUGGGGAAAGGCAAAAAACAGAAAACCAAGUGA